AGCCCUGCCUGCUGGCACGGGCACAGCCUGCUCUGCCCGCCCUCCCACCUGCCCUGCACGCUCAGCCCAACGUGCUGGGACUGCCCAGAUGGAUCCUGCGGCUUCCCCUGCGUGCUCCCAGGGCUGGCACUGCCAGGCACGCUUUUGGCUCCCAAGGCCCUUGAUUUCCUUUGGAGUUUGGGAGGAGAGACGUGGGGAGGAGGAGGGGGGGGGGAGAGGCUGCCUCUCUUAGGGCCUUCGUCAGAGCCAAGUGGCCAGGCAGAGCCUCAGCCCUUGCACAGCAGCGGUGAGCAGCGAGGACAAGAUGAAGCAGCUCUUCCUCCUCCUCGUCCUGGGGCUCAUCGGCAGCUCCUUGCAGAUCGAAGACAACAAGAUCCCUGGGCUGUGCUCGGGGCAGCCGGGCAUCCCAGGGACCCCGGGCCUGCACGGGGGGCAGGGUUUGCCAGGCAGAGACGGACGGGACGGCCGGGAUGGAGCCAUGGGCAUGCCGGGGGAGAAGGGCGACAUGGGCCCUCCUGGAGUGCCAGGUCCCCGCGGGGAGAUGGGCAGCCCCGGCGUGGAUGGGCUGCACGGUGAGAAGGGAGCCCAGGGCGAGUGCGCUGUCGCUCCUCGCUCCGCCUUCAGCGCCAAGCGCUCCGAGUCCCGCAGCCCUCCCCUGGCCGACCAGCCCAUCCUCUUCGACGUGGUGCUCAUCAACGAGCAGGGCCACUACGACCCUGCCACGGGCAAGUUCACCUGCGAGGUGCCCGGCCUCUAUUACUUCGCCGUGCACGCCACCGUGUACCGCACCAGCCUGCAGUUCGACAUCAUGAAGAACGGGCACUCCAUCGCCUCCUUCUUCCAGUACUACGGCAACUGGCCCAAGCCCACCUCGCUCUCGGGGGGCACCCUGGUCCGCCUGGAGCCCGAGGACGAGGUGUGGGUGCAGGUGGGCGUGGGGGACUACAUCGGCUUCUACGCCAGCGUCAAGACGGACAGCACCUUCACCGGCUUCCUCGUCUACUCCUACUGGCAAAACUCCGCCGUGUUCGCCUGAGCUCGCCCUCGGCACCCUUCCCCGAGAGCAGCACCCCUGCCCUGCUCGGGCACAGAAACGCUCCCUGUGCCAUGGCGAGGGUGGUGGAACACCCCUGGAGCAGCUCGCUGUUGUUUCGGGCACCCCCAGGGCAGGGCAAGCCGGGCUGGGUGGCCUGGAGCCGGUGCCGGGGGUCGUGCCCCAUCCCUCCCCUCAAUAAAGGAUGCUCAGCUCC